AUGGCUCCCAACGUAGCAAGUGACAGUUUGCAGCAAAAGAUAAAGGCUGGUGAUGCCUCUCGUCUUGAAAUCCCCGUUCAGACCGCCUACGACUCGCUGUGCCACGACCGUAAGAUUGUCCGAGCUGUUUGGCGUAUCCCUGUGCCCGUGCUCUACUUCUGCGCCUUCGUGUCGAUGCUGUUCGCGCACAUCCCAGCGACGAAUAUGUACGAGCAGGGUUAUGCUGUGUCGUCGACGCUAGCGACUUCAGGCAGCGACACGGUCACGACGGACUCGACAAUGAAAUUCUACAACAUCGGCCAAAUCUCCGACGUCUUUGACUGGUUGACAGACACAUUCGUGCCCUCUGUCUUCAUAACCGAAGACUACAAUGGUAAAGCUCUCACAAAGGACCUAUGGGGUCGCGUAGCCGCGUUCAAUAAAGUAUUGGGCGCUGUUAACUUCCAAGUGACUCGAAAGGCGAUACACACGUGUAUCACGCAGCCAUUCCUCGAGAACUUGUACCCUCACUGCUACGACGCUUCUAACACGACAACGGAGCAAAAGUUGAUCAGCUUCGACACACCUGCGACCGAUGCAAUAGGUAAGAUCAAUGCUCUUAAAGCUCAGGGCGACUGGAUCGACUUCUCCACUGAAGAGCUGCUGAUUACCAUCGUCACGUACAACGGCGAGUUGCAAGGUUACGCUGUUACUGAGAUGCAGUUAACUUUCUCGGAAGGAGGCUCCGUACAGACGAGUUCAUCGACCACACCUGCUCUCUCCAACCCGUACAGUGCCUCUCUCACCACCGCUGCGGAUACCAUCGUCUUGAUGUUCUUCCUGUUAGCGUUGGGCACGCAACUCCGCAGACUGUAUCGAUACCGUCGCUCGGGUAUUAGAACCCUUGUAUGUGGUGACGUCUGGGUCGUUAUCGAGCACGCUUCAACUGUGGCGGUUGUUGCCUUCUACUUCGUGUGGAUUUCCAUCGUUCUGCUCAUGUAUCAAAAGGAAUUCCGGAACAAUUUGGCUUCUCUCGUUGUGACUGGGAAGAACUGGGCAUCUGAUGCUGAGGCUCGUGAUCGGUUGUACGCUGUGAUUGACAGACUCAAAGCGGUGGCUAAGCUCACAGUGGCGCUGCGUCUGAUAGCCACUCUAGCCAUUUUCCUAUUGAGUUUAAGGAUCUUGAAGAGAUUCCGCUUCCACCCAAGACUGAGUAUUCUCACGAGAACUGUGGCCAGUGCUUUGCAUCAGUUUGGUGCAUUCUUCGUCGUAUUUAUCGUCAUCUUCGUGACGUUCGCUGUGUCUGGGACCAUUUUAUUCGGUGACAGAGUCGAGGAGUUUUCGUCCUUGGAAACUGCGAUGGAGACGUGUAUCAAUAUGCUCUUCGGGAACUUUGACUACGACAGUAUUCAAGGGUUGUAUGCCCCCGUUUGUAUGUUUUACUACUGGGGUUACAUGAUCGUCGUGAGUCUCGUGUUGUUGAAUAUGAUGCUCGCUAUCGUGUUGGAUGCCUACGCAGAAGUGAGCAGCGAGAGUUACAAGUCCCAGUACAACUUGGCAGUGACUCGGAUCGUUGAUAAUAUGGUCUGGACCUGUUUACUGUGGAUGAACGACCUUGUGCGUUGCAAAAGUCGGAAGAAUAAACGAGACGUUUCUGCAAGGACUGCACCGCAGAUUGGUGAGACCAUUAGACCUCAAUUGAACUUUGCUGAAUUGGAUAGAGCUGAUGUGGUUUUUCGCGGUCGGAUCCGACCUUGGCUUCUGGAGCGUGGACUGAGCGCUAUGCUCGAGCAGAAGGAGGAAACCCAAACUGGGAACUUGACACCACGAAUGCUCAUGGAAAUGUUCCCGUCGGCGAGUAUUCAAGAAAGUGAAGCUAGAGCUACACUCCAGCAUAUCAUGGAUGGGUUUGUUAGUCCCAACUCCAGCAAUUCAGACGCUCACAAUGGUGAGCAGCAAAGUAAAGACGAAGACGAGACGGUCCAUUCAGCGUAUGUGGUUCGACAGGGGCUGAAUAUAACCGAUACCGUGACGCCAACGGAGGAUACUGACAUCCAGAGAAUGGCUCGACAACUAGCUAUACUCGAACAGAAACUUGACCUCUUACUAAGCCAGAAGCAAUGAUCGCAAUUACUACAAUUACUAUCCAUUUUCCUUCAU